CCUUAUACAUUUCUUUCAUUCCCGCUACUUGUUGCAUCCAGUAUGUCUUCAGGUUAGUCUAUUUUCGAGUAAUUGUUUUGAUUUUCCAUCGGGUAAAGUACUUUCAGUAAUUAUGACUUUUACUAUUUUUUCUACUUACGAGUGAACAUGUUUGUUUACCGGCGUAUGUCAUUUCCGCGGAGCUUUUUAAUAGACUCCACAAACAUUCAGUCCAACUUCCUAAGUUCUACUAGGCAUAGAUUGUUAAACAAAACUGAUGAAAACACGCAGAGUUAACUCUGUAAAUACGAUCUUGGUAAUAGAUUGCUCUUGAUACAAAGUCUUGACUGAAAAUAGAAUGCAACUCUGUCAUGGAACAGACCCCCGGCCGAGUACUGCCAGUAUAAAUGUGCCUUAUAAACGUUCUUUGCACAAUUCAAUAGAGCAAUACUUUCAUACAUUAUUUAUUUACGUGAAGUUCAUUGCUCGGAGGCGAGAAAGUUAAUUACACAAUAUUUUGCCAGUUUGGUACUGCACCGAAAUGCAUAUUUGUGAAAUCAGUGGUCACCGCCGUAGCCAGUAUGAGGCGAACCGAGGCACUCGCCUCGGUAAAAUUUUACCAAAUACUGUCGAUUUUUAUUUUUUUUAUCAGACUGAUAAUAUUAGAAGAUUUCAUACGGCUGAUUUCGUACAAAGGACCGUGUGUUCGCCUCGGUUGUAGUUUCUUCCUGGCUACGGCCCUGGUGGUGCUAAGUGUCAGGUGUGCAGUACAAGAAGUAUCAAGGAAAUACGGUACUUAUACCACCACUUAAAAUUACACUGGUGUUAAGAGUUUGCUCAUGUAUCGUCUGACGCAAAUAUUGGUCAUAACACUUUGAGUGCCUGCUAUAAUCCUAUCUUAAUUUGAAUUGUUGAUGGAGUGAUUAUCUAAGAUCCCUCACCAGUCGAAAGAUCAACAAAAGUACAUGAGUUGCAGUUAUAAGUUACUUUUUCGAUAUCCUGUAAAUCAUGUUAUAACAUCAUAACUCUUAUUCAAGAUCUUAUAUAUUCUUGAUAUAUAACUCUUAUUUAGGAUUACAUCAGCAAAAUUAAAUCAGCAAAAUUAAAUCCAUGCCCGACUCAACUGGUUUGCAUUAACUGACAGUUUUUUGAGUCAUUCGAUAACUUUUAUAAAGUACACCCCUUAUUAAAGAGCCUAUUUUCAUGAUAUGCUUAAAGGAGCUGUGUGACGAAAUUCAGCCAAAUUAGGAAAUUACAAAAUACCCGUUAAAUUAAGAGAAACACAAAAAUUAGCGCUUAAAACUUUAAAGGAAGGUUAAAGUAACAUAACAGAAACAACAGAUGCCACGGAUGGGCAAAACUGAACAAGAUUGAAACGGAUUGAAUUAGGGUUUUUGAAAACUGUUCAGCCUAACAGUUUUCCAAAGUUGAUCCCUGCUGCUUGUAACUUCAAAAAUAAUGCUCAGGAAGCAUAUUUGUUUGUCUCGGAUCUCUGAUUUUGUCAUUUACAUGUAAUUUCUUUGCUUACUUUAAGUUCCUUAGAAAUAGAGGGCGAGUAAUUGGCAAAAUUAAACAAAAUGAACUGGGCUGCCGUGACACAGCCCCUUUAAUGAUGAUUAUCGAAUUCUUUUAGUGUAUAAAAAGGAAACCCAUUUCUACGAGAAAUGGACGCCGGCGCUGGCAGGGAAAAAUCCCGCAUAGUUUGUUGUUGUUUGCUUGACUAGUUUUUCAUUUGAUUAACCUCUAACCCCUGAUAAACACUGGAGCAGCAUUUGCAUUCAAGUCACACAAGAACGAAAUGAGAUCUUAACACUGAUCAUAAUUCCCUCUUCCUUUCUAACGAACAAUCAUGUAAUGUAAUACUGCAAUGUAUACUUUUAUCCUCUUUCGUAGGCUCUGGUGACAGUUCUGAAGUAACUUCAGAUGAUUAUAUAUAUGGUGAGUACAUACGCCAUAUUUGUUCUGAGUAGGGUUUGUUUUCAAUUCUCCACUCUUCUCUGAAAGGGCUGUCUUCGGCGGGUACUCUAACCUGCGUAGCAAGCGUUUCCGUACUGUUUCGGAGCAAAGAAAGACCUAGGAACGGGAUUCUCGGGUUUUUGGCCGCGCGGGAAAUGACCUCCCCGCUUACUCGCGCCAUUUUUCGCGCGGUCUUUGACUCUCGCUCCUCGUUUUUUGCUCCGAAACAGCACGAAAACGCUUGCUACUCAGGCUACGGGUACUCAACGAGUACUCGUUUCACGUUAUCCUCUCCUCAAAUACUGACAUGAUGUUUAAAGUCCAGUUUCACUCUUCAAAGUGUUGUAACUAGUUGGGGACACCGAUAGAGGGUCACAGCUUUAUCAGUUCUUGAAACCGUCAAGUGUCCCCUCUUCUAAUUAAGGUUAGUUAGUUUUUCGUUUUAUUUAGUUUUGUUUUUUUGUUGUUGUUGUUGGUUUGUUUUUCGUAAUACAUUAUCUUUAGUGAUAUAUAUAAAAAAUCUUAAUCCAAGAAUCAGAAGUUUGUAGAUGAUCACCUUCCGAGCAAAGCCUCCUUUUGCCUUUUUUCGCCGAAAUCGAGCAAGUUAAGAAAGGCUCUUCUGGCAGGAUGAUGGAUGAUACAAGUGUUUCUUCAAAGUCAAUCUCGUUAGCCACCAGUGCAGGCAGUCAAAUACCGAACCUUUUGAACUUACUACUUCAAUUGCGGCUCUUCUCGUAGCAAGCACGUUGGGAAGUUCUGCCCAACAGCACAGCUCGCAAAUGUUUCUAUCCUUUUACGAAAAUAUUGCUGUUGACUAAUAUUUAAAUUUUAUGUUCCAGAUGACGUUUCAUGUAGGACUGGGAAAGAGAAAGUUCAAUUCAGAAAAUUCCAGGUCCACCUAGAAAACAUUGGUGGAGAUGUCGUUGUUGGAGGUCAAUCGGCACAAAAAUUCCGUAGUCGGAAAAAAAAAGGUAUUUUAUGCGAAAACGAGUAACCCAAACAAACAUUUUAUUGCAAGAGGAACGAGAGGGAAAGUCGGAAUUUUGAAACGAAGAAUUAAACUGGGAAAGCCGCAGCUUAAUUCGACGCGACGGACACUUAUCAUAAUAAAUAAAUAUAACCUGGUUUUCUCAUGUUUGGCCGUAGAUACCCGUGCAAUAGAACUGUCGCUUCCCCCUUUUGAUAGGAGGCCAUUCUCUCACUAGACUGCAAAACAGCCCGUAUUUUUCCUGCAGUUCAAGCACGCGAGAGUCCUGGAGCGUGGGCAAAACAAGCAAAAUGUUAGACUGGGGUGCCUCCGCUUUGCGCACUACGCGCGAAAAUCUCACGCGAGCGCCUUGAAAUCGAUUUUCAGGAAAAAACCGACUGUUUUCCAGUCUAUUUUACCACAGGAUCAAUGGGUGGCGAUAUUUUAUAUUUAUAAAUACACUUGAGUGAAUGAGAAACCUAUGGUAGAUAGCUGGCCUUAAAGCGAUGAAUCUUAUAACCAAUGCACCUUAUUCAGAUAGAUAAAAGGAACGUUUUAAGAAAAAGAAACGCUACCGAUAAGCAGUUCUUGAGCUGAGCGAGGGUAUUUUAAGCCAAUUUAGCUAUAACUGACUUUUGGGUACUUCGAUCCUCCCAGGUGGUGAGGACCAUGGGCUACCAAAACCAAGCUCCAACACAAAC